AUGAAGUGGUGCAUAGGCUUCCUGGCGCUGAGUUUUAGCCUUAGCUUGUACCAAGCUGAAGAAAAAAACAAGGAUGCUCCUCGCUUAAUAAAUUUUGAGAAUCCAAAUACCUCACCAACGACACCGCCGCACGUAAUCUACAAGCCGGGACCGUACUACCCUCCUAGCUGCCAAUGUCCUCCAGGGCCUCCGGGUCCUCCAGGCGCCCCUGGAGCUCCCGGUCAAACCGGACCGAGAGGACCUAAAGGAGAUAAGGGUAGCACUGGUUUUCCCGGCUCUCCUGGUAUACCUGGCAAACCAGGCCCGCCGGGUCACAAAGGUCCAAAGGGUGAUACUGGAGCUCCUGGCAUUCCCGGUCAACCUGGCGCACCUGGUCCUAUUGGUCCUCCCGGCCAUGGUGGCAAACACUAUCCCCAUCCACCGAUAAUAAUUCCAGGACCACCACCUCACCAUUAUCCAUAUCCCAUACCUCCUAAGGGACACCAUCAUCAUCAUCACCAUCAUAAGGGAGGAGGAGGAGGCGGUUCACAUCCAAUUAUCAUACCAAUACCUGGUGGUAAAGGAGGGCACAAAGGAGGCCACAAAGGUCCAUCUACACCACCACCUGGAACUCCUGGCGGUCCUAAUGGCCCUGGUGGUCCUUGGGGGCCCGGUGGCCCUGGCGGUCCCUAUGGUCCUGGUGGUCCUUAUGGGCCUGGUGGUCCUUAUGGCCCUGGUGGUCCUGGCGGCCCUGGUGGUCCUCCUUUGCCUCCUGGCUGGCCACCAGGUGGAACCGGACGACGAGACGCUUAUGAUCAAAAUUCUCGCCUAUACCCCAAUAACGAAGUUGGCUAUGAUGACUAUCAGGAAGAUGAAGAUGACGAGUCGUCAAGCAACCAUGAUCUUUUGAAUGAAGACGAGCAACUAGAUGAAAGCGGUUUCAGCAUAAGCUUGUAUCAAGCUGAAGAGAAGGACGAGAAUGCUCCCCGUUUGAUAAAUUUCGAAAGUCUAAGUAAUCGUCCAUCGCCAGCACGGCAGGUGGUCAUCAAAUCCGCACCCUACUACCCACCGAAAUGUCAGUGUCCUCCAGGACCACCUGGUCCUCCAGGGCCUCCCGGUGUGCCCGGUCAACAAGGCCCAAGAGGACCAAAAGGCGAUAAAGGCUCGCCAGGUCGUAAAGGACCAAAGGGCAAUACGGGAAAUCCUGGCGUUCCAGGUCAAAAUGGUGCACCUGGCCCUAUUGGUCCACCCGGUCAGCAUGACAAAGGCUACCAUCAUCCGCCGAUAAUAAUUCCGGCACCGCCCCCUCCACAUUAUCCAUAUCCCAUACAUUCUGAAGAAAAACAUCAUCAUCAUCAUCACCAUGACAAGGGAGGAAAUUCACAUCCGCCAAUUAUAAUACCAUCUCCCAGUCCACAUCCAGUUAUUAUACCCAUACCUAUUGGAAAAGGAGGUGGUGGUAGCAAAGGAGGUGGUGGUGGUGGCGGAGGUGGUGGAGGAGGAGGUGGUGGUAACAAUGGCGGUGGAGGAGGUGGAGGAGGUGGCGGUAGCAAUGGAGGUGGUGGAGGAGGUGGCGGUGGAGGUGGUUGGAAUAAUGGAGGUUGGCCAGGAUCAUAUCCACCUGGAAGUCCUGGGGGUCCUAAUGGUCCUGGUGGUCCUUGGGGUCCCGGUGGUCCUGGUGGUCCUUAUGGACCUGGUGGUCCUUGGGGGCCUGGCGGUCCUUGGGGACCCGGUGGACCUGGUGGGCCUGGUGGUCCCUCUUUGCCUCCCGGCUGGCCUGGUACUCCUGGUGGCCCUCCUUGGCCUCGUAAUGCCGAAUUUGAUCCCCAAGAUUCUGACAAUCCCGAUCCCGAAGAUGAGGAUGACGAGUCAAGCAACAAUGAUAUAUUGGAUAAAGACGAGCAACAAGAUGUGGCCACCUGCCAGGUAGUUAUUCUAACAAAACGCACUUCAAUACAACCAGGCUGUUUUUGGACAUGUAGUCAGCCACUGGACCUGGCAAUCGCCGAUGCCGCCGCAGCUGAUGAUAAUGUUGUAGUCGCAGCACUGACAAUAAUAGCCACCAGCAGCUGCAUGGAUGAGCUGGUCUGA